AUGAACCAGGAGUUCUCGCUGGAGGUCCGCUCCGCUGCCCACGCCGUUGUUCGGCUAUACGGUUUCCUUCUCACAGUGCCGCCUGAACCGGGGACGGCGGACGACGAGCUCGAUAUGAGCUGCCCCGGCAACGAUGAGCUGGUGGAAAUGGAGUACUCCCCCGAGGGCCGGCGAUUUCUUGGAGGCCCGGCGCGGUGGUUCUCCGCCGCGGGGAGCACGGCCGGCUGCAUGCGGGUCGCCGCCGUGGAGGACCAAGAAGAAGAAGAAGCAGACUGCAAGGAGAUCCUGGUGCUCUACCGCUACGCCCCUUUCUCGGUAUCAUCGGACGGCGUGGUGGUGCGAGGGAGCACCAGGGCGCACCUGCUCCGGUUCAUGGCCACCGGCGACCACACGGCGAGGUCCCUGGCGUGGACCGGGUCGUCUCUGAUCCGGCUGAUAUACCCCGGUGACUUCAGCGAGCAGCUCCAGGAGCUAUGGUCGAGCCUGGCGUCGCAGGUGAGCGUGCUGCCGCGCGCCGCGCGUGUCGAGGUGUUCGUCGACGUCGGCAUCCUCAGGAGGUCGGUGUUCGUCGACGACAGCAUCCUCCGGAGGUCGUACUACACGCCCGAGCGCAUGGAGUGGAUGCGCUCCGUGCUGGAGGAGACGGUGGAGGAGCCGUGGCCCGUGCGAUUCACCGGCAUGGAGCUGCACCUGCCGGAGCCGCGCGACCAUGAUAAACACGAAGCCGCCGUCGACGACGAUGACACGGACGCUGGUGAACGGCCGGCGAAGCGAAGGAGGGUCGUCGCCGCUGGGGAGGAUUGCCCCAUCUGCUUGCAGCUGCUCGAGGGCGACGACGACCUCGCCGCGUGGCCGGGGUGCGGCAAGCCCCACGUCUUCCAUGGCGCGUGCUUGGAGAGCGUCCUCGUGGACAGCAAGACGUGCCCUAUUUGCAGGCACACGCUGUACGUCGAGUCGACGUUCGGCAAGUAG